AGCGCAAGCCUGGUGCGCGUGAAAACCGCCUGCAUCUCGCCAAAGCGAGACAAAAACCGAAUAGCCUACAUUACCAGCAUCUUUUUCAUUUUAAUAUUGUAGUUGUAGUGGUCGGUUUCUGUGCGGACCCCGUGUACCAGUUCAGACUGUCUGAGACUGGCAGUGUUGAAGGACAGAAGCGGAGCGGGUUUCGAUACCGGGACAGAAGAUGCUGAUUCUUCUUCAUUGACGGUUCUGGUCCAACCCAUGGGUUAUGAACACAAAAACACAACGGCACAUCACUCGUGUAAUAGAUCACGAGUUUAAAACGGGAUCCUUUUGUGCCUCUUUUUUUCUCCCACGUGCAAUAAAGUGGAUCCGCAUUUGAGGAGUGUCAGCGGAGCAGGCCUGUGUAAGACAGGGAGAGGAAAACUUCAGAGAAGAUGAGGAAGAGCCGGAGUGUUCUAACUGUGUCACCUAAUGAGGACAGCAAAGAGCCUCCGGACUGCAGACUAAGUGAAUCUUUCACCUCUACUGGUUGCACGCUGGGGGUAGACCUGCACAGGAGGAGGCGCCGGUUCUCUGGGAACCUACAGUUGCCUCCUUUAUCAUGGCGGCAGAUGGAGAGGUCACGCAGUCCGGAUGAUGAGUUCAUGGCGAGACCAACUACCCUGCCCUUCAUCACACCCCCUCGCAUUGACAUCACACCUGUGGACUCUGAAUGUUUCGAUGUUGAAAAUGGCCCAUCUGCAAGCUGCAGUCCUUUGGAUCCCCAGGCCUCACCAGGUUCUGGCUUGGUUCUGCACACAAACUUUCCCGGCCACAACCAGCGGCGAGAGUCCUUCCUCUACCGCUCAGACAGCGACUAUGACCUUUCACCAAAGUCAAUGUCUCGAAAUUCUUCUAUCGCCUCAGAACUGCAUGGGGAUGACCUGAUAGUCACACCUUUUGCUCAGGUUCUAGCAAGCCUUCGAAGUGUCAGGAACAACUUUACUGUUUUGACCAAUGUUCAGUGCACAUCUAACAAGAGGUCCCCGGUGUCCAACCAGCCCCCCAUUACCAGAGUGUGCCUACCUGACGAGUCGUACCAGAAGCUGGCUGUGGAGACCAUGGAGGAGCUGGACUGGUGUCUGGAUCAGCUGGAAACCAUCCAGACGUACCGCUCUGUCAGCGACAUGGCCUCCAACAAGUUCAAGAGAAUGUUGAACAGGGAGCUGACGCACUUCUCUGAGAUGAGCAGAUCUGGCAAUCAGGUGUCAGAAUUCAUCUCCAACACCUUUCUAGACAAACAGAAUGAUAUGGAGAUUCCCUCGCCUACAGCAAAAGCCCGCGAGAAGAAGAAAAAACAGCAGCUGAUGACUCAGAUCAGUGGAGUGAAGAAAGUGUCACACGGGCCCAUCCUCAACAGCAGCCUCGCUCGCUUCGGCGUCAAAACCGACAAAGAGGAUUUACUGUCAAGGGAAUUAGAAGACCUGAACAAAUGGGGCCUGAACAUCUUUACCGUUUCAGAGUAUUCAAACAACCGGCCUCUAACUUGCAUUAUGUAUGCCAUCUUCCAGGAACGAGACUUGCUCAAGACGUUCAAGAUCCCAGCAGAUACAUUUGUGAUGUAUAUGAUGACCCUUGAGGAUCACUACCACCAAGAUGUGGCCUAUCAUAACAGCCUUCACGCUGCUGAUGUGGCCCAGUCAACUCACACUCUGCUGUCCACACCUGCACUAGAUGCUGUCUUCACCGAUCUUGAGAUCCUGGCAGCCAUUUUUGCGGCAGCCAUUCAUGAUGUGGACCACCCUGGUGUUUCAAACCAGUUCCUCAUCAAUACAAACUCCGAGUUAGCGCUCAUGUAUAAUGACGAGUCGGUUUUGGAGAACCAUCACUUAGCCGUGGGCUUUAAACUUCUACAGGAGGAGAACUGUGACAUCUUCCAAAACCUCACUAAGAAACAAAAGCAGUCACUCCGAAAGAUGGUCAUCGACCUGGUACUGGCCACGGACAUGUCUAAGCACAUGAGCUUACUGGCCGAUCUGAAGACCAUGGUAGAGACGAAGAAAGUGACAAGCUCAGGAGUUUUACUUCUGGACAACUACACAGACAGAAUACAGGUUUUGCGGAACAUGGUUCACUGCGCCGAUCUGAGCAAUCCCACCAAGUCUCUAGAGCUGUACCGCCAGUGGACUGACCGCAUCAUGGACGAGUUCUUUCACCAGGGCGAUCGAGAGAGGGAGCGUGGCAUGGAGAUCAGCCCCAUGUGUGACAAACACACCGCCUCUGUGGAGAGAUCACAGGUGGGUUUCAUUGACUUCAUCGUCCACCCUCUAUGGGAAACCUGGGCUGACUUGGUCCAUCCGGAUGCCCAGGAUAUCCUGGACAACCUGGAGGAUAAUCGGAACUGGUACCAGAGCAUGGUCCCCAUAAGCCCUUCCCCGCCCUUCGAUCAGGCUGACAAAGACGGCAACAGCGGGGGUUCGGGCCCUGACAAGUUCCAGUUCGAGCUCACGCUGGAGGAGGAAGACUCAGAAGGCACGGAAAAAGACGAACAGAGCCAGGGAGACGAGGAAGAAGACGACAGAGGGGAAGAAAUGGAAUCCACUACACUCAUCCAGAUAGUUACCGAAGACGCGUCACCGGUCGACACAUAAGACUUAGCAUUCCUUGAUAGGCGGUAGCUAUUUUUUCCCAUGCAGGAGAAAUCUUGCAGUUGAUGCUUUUUAAAAAGCCCACAUGGGGUGAUUUUUUAGUCCCCCGUGGGAGGAGGAUGUCUUGCCCUCCUUGCACUUACGUUUGGAGACAGUUUGUAGGAGCUCUCAGGAAAUAAAUGCUGCAGACAUUUUGGACCUGAACGAUUGGCAGGCGACUUUGAUAAACAUGAAGGAUUGGGGCCAACGUGAACAGUUUGUUUGGUUGUUUACCAGAUUGUGAGGACUAGACACUACUGAGAGGAUUUCUCUUUUUUUUUUUUGUACCAACACAAACUUUUUGUAAAGCUAUGGGUGUGUGGUGAGGUCACAGACGAACUACUGAAGAACAAGUAUUUGUAAAGAGAGAAACUGUUUACUUUUCUGUACCAUUUGUCUAAAGACUGACUGUGUGCCUUUUUACUAUUGUCUUUUUAAUAGUCUUUUAUUUAUUGAACACAUUUUAGUAUAACUGUACGUUGAAAUGUUUUCAUUUUGUAAAGCAAACCAGACCGAACAUGCAGAAUUGUUUUAUAUCUACGCUGGAGAGAGAACUUAGUGUCUUCCUUUGUUUGGCAAUAUACCUUAAUAAUCCAAACAUCUGACAAACGAUCAGAAAACUAAGAAAUUAUGAAAGCGGCACUUUCUGUUUAUUCUAUCUAUAUUUGUGUCAGACUCCGUAACUAUGAGCACAAACUGUUUAUUUGGAACCAUGCAUCAUCCCAUUCACAUUAGGGAAAGGCAAAUGCAUUGUUGCACAAAAUGUUUUAAAUGCCCUUAAGUAUGAAGACCCCAUUCACUUAGACUGUAGAACAAAAUACAAGCACCUCCAAAAAAAAUCUAAUCACAAGGGGUCUCGUAAUGUACUAAAAUCAUAGGGAAGCCAAAGCUAUUGACUUAAUUCUCAUUCAUUUGCUUUCAAUUCAUCAUAAUUGUCUUCCUUACAGCAGCCAUUUCCACCCUUCCCAUCAUCCUUAGAAACAGAAUCGAUAAAAACAGUCUAAACUAGCUUUUGUAGCUUUUUACACAGUUUGAUAGAGAACUUUUCCUCAUUUGUCUUCUUAACAAAACUUUCUCCGAUUGGCUCACUUUAAAGGUGGGUAAAAAAAAAAAACACAAGAUAUGAAAAGAAAAAAAAAAUACAAUUACACUUGUCAGAUUUCAACAUGCCAGUUUAGUAAUGACAUUAGCAUUGUCGUUUCAUACAUUUUGUCACCGUUAAGGUUUAAGUUUGUGUGUAGUUCAUGCUUUAAGGUACUUUAACUACCUUAUGCUCAAAGUCUCAACAGUGGAAACAGUUAAUGGCCAAAGUAGCAUGCAAAAGUAUGUUUGUGCGCACAUAUGUACGUGUCUACACAUUACUGUGUUUGUGUGAAUGAGCGUCCGUGGGGGGCGCUUCAUCACCAGCCCACGCUUUUUACAACUCCUUCCAUUCUCUUUGUUUAUAUGCGCUCAGAUCGGUCCUCUACUGUUUAUAACAGUGUAUUUAUUACUGUUAAAUGUACAUAGGGAAUAUUGUUUCUUUGUAAAUGGUUUAAUUUAUAUGCACUUGCAUUACCGAAAAUUGGUGGUGUUUCUUGUGUAGUGGGCUCUUGGACUGAGUCUGUUUUAUUUAGUAAUAUUGUUUAUGUUUUAAUAUAAAUAAAUAUAUAUUAUAUAUACUAUGUAUGAAUAUAUUGCACAACUGCCCAGAACAGUAGCCUAUGAGACACACAACCCAUUGGUAAAGGGGAGAGUCUGUAGAUAAGACAUAAAUACAAACUGUAGACAUCCGUCAGAUAUAUUAGAAGCUUUGUGUAUCACUGUUUGGUGUAACAUUGAUAAAUCAGUAUCUCACGAGAUUCUCCACAAGACGUGGCCCUCAAAUAUAUACAACAUUUUGAAUGGAGAUUGCUAAAAAUGGCUCAGAGUUGGCAUGUGUAAUCACAUUUACUGGAGAGGAAUUGGUUACCAACAUCACAAUGUGAAAUCGAUAUAAUUACGAAAAUGUGAUCUUCUGUAAUUAUUUGUGCUAAUGUGAACUAUUUUUCUGACCUUGUUAGCAGUUUUGAAAUUCAAAUUGUCAGUAAAACUUUGUUAAUCUAUAUGUUUGAGAUCUUUUGGUCCGGCUUGCGUCCAAAGGGAUUCAACAGAAUUAGUGCUAUCUGCAUGAGGGAUGAGUUUUUAUCGUCUGGUUAUCCCACAUUGUUGCAGGUGAAUAUUCAAUGUUUCACACAAUGUAUGGUAAUAAUAUUGUAUAUUGUGUUCAAUAAAAUCUGAAGCUACUUUUCUAUGAAGUGAUUAAAGACAAAGCAUGAAUAUA